AUGUGGCCAUUAGACCGAUUAUCCGGGCAUACAACACCUUCGGCCUCUCCACCUCCACCAUUAAACAGAACCCCGAAUCUACCUCGUCGCCCGACUCAUCUUGUGCCGUCGCCAGUUGGUGGUAGACCCCCUUUCAAUCCGAGAUCCUCUUCCCUAUCAUUAGUCUCCAAUGACUCCAACACGUCCUUAUUAUCAUCAUCACGGAGACCCAAUGGUUCGAACCUCAAACAAGCAGCUACACCAGCGAAUGCGCUGGAUCCUUUAGAGGUGUUAGAAAGACUAUUAGACGAUGGGGAAGGGAAUAAAUCGCCAUCUGCGAACGGACAGAGAGCUGUGAAUGGGACCGUCGCUCCCAUAAGAGAGGAAGAUGAUGAAGGCGAAUGGGAUCUCGGAGGUUUAAGUCUAGAGGAUAUUGUGGCAGGAGAACCUCUCGAUAUUGAGGAUGAGCAUGUACAUAAAUCACAAACUCUUGAAGAAUAUGAGCGUGACAAAGAAAAGUUCGAAGACCUCCACCGAUCGAUUCGCGCCUGCGACGAUGUCUUACAAUCAGUCGAAACAAACCUCACCAGCUUCCAGAAUGAUCUUGCUAUGGUCUCUGCCGAGAUCGAGACUCUACAAGCACGAUCAACAGCAUUGAGUAUACGGUUGGAAAACCGAAAGGUGGUAGAAAAUGGACUUGGACCUAUAGUGGAGGAGAUCAGUGUCUCCCCAGCUGUCGUCAAGAAGAUAGUGGAUGGAGCUAUAGAUGAAGCAUGGGUUCGAGCAUUGGCAGAGGUUGAGAAGCGGUCAAAGGCAAUGGAUGCCAAAUCAAAGGAGCAACGGAAUAUCAAAGGAGUCAAUGAUCUCAGGCCUCUGCUGGAGAAUCUAGUUUCUAAGGCACUGGAGAGGAUCCGAGAUUUCCUUGUUGCUCAAGUGAAAUCUUUACGGUCACCUAAUAUAAAUGCCCAGAUCAUCCAACAACAACACUUUCUUCGGUACAAAGAUCUAUAUGCAUUUUUGCAUAGGCAUCACCCAAAAUUGGCCGAGGAGAUUGGUCAAGCAUAUAUGAAUACGAUGCGAUGGUACUUCCUCAAUCAGUUCACCAGUUAUGCAAAGGCACUGGAAAAUAUCAAACUACAUGUACUAGACAAACACGAUGUGCUUGGGUCAGACGAUGGGUCUCGUAAAACCACCCUCCUCUCCGGAUCCAAACAAACAGGUCCACCACAUGAUGCCUUCAACAUAGGUCGACGAAUUGAUCUUCUCAAAACCUCCAACCAGACUGCCCUUCCCUCUUUUCUUGCCGAAGAAGACAAACAAACCCACUAUAUGGAAUCCCCCUUCCGUAACUUCAAUCUCGCCCUCAUCGAUAACGCCUCAGCCGAAUACUCUUUCCUAACCUCCUUCUUCUCCCCAUCCCUCACCUACGCCACCAUCUCCCGCCACUUCAACUACAUCUUCGAACCCACCUUCUCUCUCGGCCAGACCCUCACUAAAACCCUUGUCCACGAUUCUCACGAUUGUCUCGGCCUCCUCCUGUGCGUACGUUUGAAUCAACAUUUCGCAUUUUCGCUCCAACGCCGCAAGAUCCCGGCAGUAGACCCGUACAUCAACGCAACAUCCAUGCUCCUGUGGCCCCGCUUCCAACUCGCAAUGGACACGCAUUGCGACUCCGUCCGCACCCUGACCUCCGCUCUCCCAACCCGCAAACCCUCAGCCUCGGAACAAGCCAAACAAUCCGCCGCCCCACACUUCAUGACCCAAAAAUUUGGCCAAUUCCUACAGGGGAUCUUGGAACUCAGCACGGAGGCGGGCGAUGAUGAGCCUGUCGCAAGUAGUGUAGCAAGAUUAAGAAGCGAGAUGGAAGCGUUUUUAACCAAGUGUGCGGGGGUGAUGCAGGAUAAGAGGAAGAAGGAACGAUUUUUGUUUAAUAAUUAUUCGUUAAUCUUGACGAUUGUGGGAGAUGUCGAGGGGAAAUUGGCCGGGGAUCAGAGAGCGCAUUUUGAGGGGUUAAAGAAGGCUUUUGGAGAGGGUGUUUGA